CUGCUGCUCAGACUUCUUCCUCUUCUUACUUAGUGACCGACCAGAGACCAGGGGAGGUAACUUGUCUUUGGCAACAUGCAAAGCUUCAUCGGAAUAUCGCACUUUUUAUUGGCUCUUCUGCUGCAGCGGGUACCUGCGCAGAUUUCACACCCUCCAAAAGAGACUCACACCAAAGUAAUGACGUUCCAUGAGGUGUGGGUGAAGAGCAUGUGUCGGCCCAUGGAGCAGCUGGUGGAUGUGGAGCAGGAGUAUCCUGGAGAAGUGGAGUACGUCUACAUGCCUGCCUGUGUCCCACUUUGGCGAUGCUCUGGUUGCUGUGGGGAUGACAAUCUGGAGUGCCAGCCUACCCAUGAACGGAACAUCACUCUGCAGGUGAUGAGGCUUAAUCCUAUGAUACAUUUACACCAUGUGGAACUCACAUUUGUGGAGCAUCAGAGUUGUGAAUGCAGGACCCGUCAGAAACCUCAAAAUAAUAAAAGCAGCGUUGAGUCUAUCAGGAACAGACCUCGGAGGAGGAAGCAAAAGAAGACGGCGAACGACUGUGGCAAGUGCCAGUUCCCUCAAAAUAAGAUAAAUCUUCACUGAUUCACACAUCUGUCCAAAGUUUGAUUUGGACUGAUUUGGAGUGAUUUUGGAGUGCAAUAGCACAUCUGUAACUGAUCAUCCAACUAUUUAUCUAUCAUUCAUAUAUCUUUUUCCUCAUCCAGAUCAAUCCAUCAAACAUCAGACUUUCCAUCUUGUCCGUGACAUUCUUUUCUUCUCUUUUGAUUCAGCUUCAAAGAAAACAACCAUAUUGGCAAUCUCCUUUGGCUAUAACUGCUGUUUUUUGUUGUUUAACUAAUGUCCAUUUUGAUUAAAAAAAAUCACAGCUGCUUUUGUGUACGAUUUUAAAAACAGACAGAGGAUUCGACAGAUUCAGAAUAUUUACAGAGAUAAUUGCUACAACUUUAUCAGGAUCUAUCGACCCUGAACUGUUGAUUUAUUGUCAGAUCAGUGACAACAUUCACAGAGAGGCCAGAGACCUUCUCCACGACUUCAUGUUCAUUGUGACUUUUGAAGACUGACUCCUAUUAUAAUAUUUACACAAUCUAUGUGACUUGUUGUAAAGUGUUAUUUACUCUUGCCUGGGACAUGAAAUAAAAUUUACUCCAAAUAUAAGGAA